CAAAAUAUAUUUUCUUUAUUUUUAAAAUAAUUUUUUUCAGUAUAUAAACUACUCACUUUGUGUGUCGCUAGUGCGUGUGUACAUGCGAUUUGGAAGAUUAAAUUCCCUAAACAAGAAAAGUAUCUUUUUCACGGUUAAGAUUUUGAGAUCUCACAAGUAACUGCACCAAUUUUGGUCGCGCUGAUCACAAUCAAAAACUUGCAACAACAUUACAUAUGAUUUUUUAAAACUUACUCUUCUAAACUUACCCCUUUGAUACUAAUAUUUUGUCGUAAAUAUAAGCAAUUAGAUAUUGUACUAUACAUGCUAAACUAUUCACUUAAAAUACAUACUUUUUAAAAAUUUAAGAUAAAAAUUUCUCCCUUACUUGGAAUAAUUUCGGCAUUAUAAUUAGAUACACAGAUUGUUUUAUUGCAAAAAUACAUCCCUAUAAAAUAUCUCAAAAAAUUAUCCUCGCAUAUUGCCGCACACUAAUGCAUUCAUCGAGACUCAUAAAAACUUCACUCAUCAAUAUUCCUAUAUCCAACGACCUCGUACUUCAUAUUACGGUAUGAAACUGAUGUGUUGAAUUCAUGGCCAAUUAAAAUCUAUUACAGUGACGGGCGGAGAUAUAAUAUAUCGUUUCAGCAUCGAAUCAGUAUUUAGCUCGCUGUCGAAAUAAGAGGGAGGACACGGAGGAAGAAAAUCCAUCAUGUCGCGUGCGCCGCAGCGAAGGCAGACCGCUCCGGACCUUCUCAUUCCCAUCCCGAUGGACACAUUCCUCAGCGAAGAAAACGACCGGAUCCAGAUCGAGGAUGAUGACGUCUGCGAGUGCCCAUCUCCGCGACAAAAUCACUCCAAGUACAUCGGGGACUACGUCAAUCCAGCGGGUAUCGAUCGCUCGUCCGUGCAUAACAACAAACAUUUCAUCAGGAUCGCCCUCAUGAAGCACGCACGUCAAGAAGGUUGCAGAUUUCAGCUCUGCAAGGAUCUCGAGAAGCUGAGUGGAACGGACGAGACGAACACGUUCCUCGCGGCCUGCGAACCGAAUGAGAUCAACGUCUUGUUGUUGUACGCGAGUUUCCUCGGUCGUGCUGAUCUCAUUUGCCGUUUGUGCGAACACGAUGCUAACGUGAACCACGCCGAGUCUGACGUGGGUCUUACAGCCUUGCAUUUGUGCGCGUUUCGAAAUUGCCUGUACGGUGUUCGGUAUUUGAUAGAGAAGAAGGACGCGAACAUCCGUUUCAAUCAGACUCACACGCCGUUUCAUUACGCCGCCUUCGGUAAUUCCUACGACGUCGCUCGUUAUUUCCUGGAGUUACCUGUGACCCAAGAGGCGUCUUCUCAGGACGAGGAGACGGUGCUACAUGUGGCGGCGCGUGCCGACGCUGUACGCGUGCUCUCGCUGUUAGCUCUGAAUAACAACGAGAUGGACCGAUUCGACCGGAACGGGUUCGCCGCUAUCCAUUACGCCGCUUUGUACGGUAACUUGGAAUGCUUGAACGUGUUUCUGCAGUCGGACUGUCCAGUAAAUUUGCCCACCGAGUCGAAGAAGACCGCUUUGCACAUGGCCGCGACGGGAGGUUGGGUGGACGUGGUCCGUCUCCUGAUCGAAUCGAAUGCGGAUAUUCAGCAGCAGGAUCAGGCGGGAGACACGGCCUUGCACGCAGCCGUGAAUUUUCACAGACUGGAGUGCGUGGAGGCCUUGCUGGUACACGACGCCGACCCGAACGCGGAGAACAACAUAGGUCGAUCGUCCCUGCAUCAGGCCCUGAAUGGCUCCCCAAUAAGCGACAACAUCAUCGAACUUCUGCUGACCGCAAAUGCGGAUGUGAAAAAAGCCGACAGAUACGGCAACACGCCUCUUCACAUCGCCGCCUCGAAGGAGCUGUCACGAUACGUUAAUCUGCUGAUCGAGCGCGAGGCCGACCUCAGCGCUAAGACCAAGGAAGGCACCAGUGCCUUAUCCAUCGUCCUGCGCAAGACUCCCACUUGCUUGGACAUCUUCAAGCAAAGGCUGGAUAAAUUUGUCACCCUGCAGGGGCAAGGGUUCGUCGCUGGCGAGCUGAAGCUGAAAAUGGAAUUCCGUCCGUUGUUGCCGCCAGAGCAUUGUGGACAGAGCGACAUCAGUUAUCUGAACAUGUUCGUGAAAGAGGGCUACAAGGAGAUCCUGCAGCACCCUCUGUGCCAGUCCUUCCUUCAUCUCAAGUGGAAGAAUAUCAGGAAGUUUUACAUCGCCAGGUUGUUUUCCUACCUGGUCUAUCUGCUGUUCCUCAUGAGCUGGGUGAUGACCGGUCUGGCCUAUAACUGUUACAACGAAUCGCACGGGAUCGAACGCAAGCCACCUCUCUGCACUGAUGCGUCCGGGAUCUUUGUUAUUUCGAAAAACCGCGCGAUACUCGAGGAGCAGUGGGUCAUGCUGGUGGUGCUCACCCUGUUAGAGAUCGUUCGCAAGAUCACUGUGUUGCCCAGUUACCUUACCGUCCGACAGUUCUUCACGCAGGAGAACCUGGUGGACUGGUGCCUGAUACUGACCGUGCUCGCGAUCUCGUGCGUGUACACCGACAGAACGUAUGCUUGGCAGAGAUACCUCGGUGCCUUCGCCGUGUUCUGCGGCUGGAGCAACUUGAUGCUGAUGAUAGGCCAAUUCCCGAUGUUCGGCACUUACGUCGCGAUGUUCACCAGCGUGCAAGCCGAAGUCUUUAAGCUCCUUCUAGCGUACGCCUGCCUUCUGGUGGGCUUCACUGCCAGCUUUUGCAUUAUCUUCCCACACGACGAGCUGUUUAGCAGCUUCAGCAUGGCUUUCAUCAAGAUUCUCGCGAUGAUGACCGGCGAACUGACUUUUGACUACUUCUUUCAAUCUAACAAAACAUUCUCCCAAGCCGACUUGCCGGACGUAAAUCGGAAUACCUGGGUCUUCCAGCAAAUCUCAGCUCAAUUCUUCUUCAUGCUGUUCCUGCUGAUCGUGACGAUCGUGCUGAUGAAUCUACUGAUCGGGAUAGCUGUGCACGAUAUCAAAGGACUGCAGAAGUCGGCGGGGCUUGAGAAACUCGUUCGUCAGACCAAUCUGAUUUACGACAUGGAAGUCGCGCUCCAUACCGCGGUUCUGCCGAAACGUCUGUUGAAGUGGUUGCGGUGGUCCGCGUUGAUUCAACCAUCGCCAGUGUGCCCCGAUAUAACCGUCCAUCCGCUAAAUCCCCGAGAGACGAGCUUACCGCGCGAUAUUCUCUCGGCUGCCUACUCAAUAGCCAAAGAAGGAAACGAGUAUAAUAAUUCACCUUUAUCACGUAGGAACACUUACGGUUCCCGCGAUUGCGCAAAAACUUUUCUGAAAGAUGACGUCUCUACCGCGUCGCGCCGCCGAUGUAGCUUCGAUGAAAACACAUUGACACAAAAUUACAACAUACUUAAGAACGACUUUGUAGAACUCAAGAUGAUUUGUAAAAAGAUUCUGACUCUCCUUCAAGAGCCCAGAAGGACGCACAGUACAA